UCGGAAGCGAAGAACAGUGAACACCCCCCACUUCGCUCUCCGAUCCGCAAAACUCUAAACCCUAAAUUCUAAGCUGUUUCUUUAAUUCUCUCGAUCGGAAUCGAACUCCUCCGAAUCGCCCCAAUCCGAGUUAUUUUACCGUAAAAAAUUACUGAGAUGGAGAUAACCGAGAUCCUGCUAUCCGCCCAAUCCCCUAAUGUGAAUAUUCGCAGUGCUGCAGAGCAGAAGCUCAAGCAAUUUCAGGAGCAGAGUCUGCCAAUUUUCCUUCUUGUCUUGUCUGCCGAGCUAUCAAAUGAGAAAAAGCCACCUGAAUCACGAUGGCUCGCCGGAAUUAUCCUUAAGAACUCGUUAGAUGUGAAAAACUUGGUACGGAAGAGAGAGCUAACCCAGCAAUGGAUCAAUCUCGACCCCUCAGUAAAAACCCAGAUCAGAGAAUUGGUUUUAAGGGCUCUCGGAUCAACUGUCUCUGAGGCAAGACGUACAUCGUCCCAAGUAAUUGCUAAGAUCGCCGCAAUUGAGAUCCCCAAUAAACAAUGGCCUGAGCUUGUUGAGAAGUUGCUCUGUAACAUAUUUAAUCAAGCUGCGCAAACUUUCCUCAAACAGUCGACUUAUGAAACGCUCGGUUAUAUUUGUGAGGAGUUAUCUCCUCAUGACUUGGAGCAAAACGAAGUGAACUCUAUUCUCACUGCUUUGGUUCAUGGAAUGUCUCAGAGUGAGCAUAGUCCCGAAGUUCGUUUAGCUGCGGUUAAAUCAUUGUUUAAUGCUCUUGAUUUUGCAAAGACCAAUUUUGAGAAUGAGAUGGAGAGGAAUUUUAUUAUGAAGGUUAUAUGUGAGAAUGCACUAUCGCAAGUUUUGGGGAUAAGGUUGGCCGCAUUUGAGUGCCUUGUUUCUAUAUCUUCUACAUACUAUGAGUUACUCGAGCCUUACAUGGAAGCACUUUUCGGUCUCACCACAAAAGCUAUUAUCGGGGAUGAAGAGCCUGUUGCCCUCCAAGCUAUUGAAUUGUGGAGUUCUAUUUGUGAAGAAGAGAUCGAUAUUCAAGAAGCCCACAUUGAAGCAACCGAAUGCUUGGAUUCUCGCCACCAUCGUAUUACGAGUAGAGCUCUUCCUUUGCUUGUUCCAAUUUUACUGGAGACUCUAAAGAAGCAAGAGGAAGAUCAGGAUCAAGAUAGUGAUACAUGGAAUCUAUCCAUGGCUGGGGGAACCUGCUUAGGGCUUGUUGCAAGGAAUGUUGGGGAUGCAAUAGUGCCACUUGUCAUGCCCUUCGUCGAAAGUAACAUAGUGGAUAAUGACUGGUGCAGGCGUGAAGCGGCUACUUUCGCUUUUGGCUCUAUUCUCGAAGGUCCUUCCAUUGAAGAGCUUUCUCCAAUGAUUCACUCAGGUUUCGAUUUCUUGCUCAAUGCAAUGAAGGACCCAAAAAACCAUGUGAGAAGCACAACAGCUUGGACUCUUGGUAGAAUCUUCGAGUUCUUGCACAGUCCAAGCAACAUUGAGUCAGUGAUAACACCUGUAGGUCUCCCUCGAAUCAUGUGUGUGUUGAUGGAGGCGAUUAAAGAUGCACCCAAUGUUGCUGAGAAGGUUUGCGGAGCACUUUACUUUCUUGCACACGGUUAUGAAAAUGGAGGAUCAAAUUGUUCUGUUCUUUCGCCUUAUUUUUCUGAAAUCAUUUCAGCUCUCCUGUAUACAGCUGAUCGAACUGAUUCUUCUGAUUUUCGGCUUCGUGCUUCGGCUUAUGAGACCUUGAAUGAGAUAAUUAGGUGCUUCACAAAAUCAGAGACAUCUAAUUUUAUUCCUAAGCUACUCAAUGGGAUCAUGAACAGACUGAGCCAAACUUUACGACUCCAAAUUGUCUCUACUGGUGAUAGAGAGAAGCAAAGUGAUUUGCAAGCCUUGCUUUGUGGUGUUCUCCAAGUAAUUAUUCAAAAACUGGGUUCUUUUGAGGAAACCAGAGAAAUUAUUCUGCAUUCUUCCAACCAAUUGAUGAGCUUAUUUCUCCAAGUAUUUUCUUGCCACUGUUCAACUGUGCAUGAGGAAGCAAUUCUGGCAAUAGGAACCCUAGCUUAUGUGACUGGCCCUGCUUUUAUUAAAUACAUGCAAGAGUUCUACAAGUACUUAGAAAUGGGUCUUCGAAACUUUGAGGAGUAUCAAGUAUGCUCCAUCUCGAUUGGUGUUGUUGGUGAUAUAUGUCGCGCACUUGAUGAAAAGGUUCUUCCGUAUUGUGAUGGUAUAUUAACUCACCUUCUUAGAGAUCUCUCGAAUCCGAUGCUUAAUAGAACAGUAAAACCCCCCAUUUUCUCUUGCUUGGGAGAUAUUGCUCUUGCAAUCGGCAAGCACUUUGAGAGGUAUCUGCCUUAUGUGAUGCCUAUGUUACAAGGGGCCGCCGAUUUGUGCUCUUGUUUGGAUGUAAAUGAUGAAGAGAUGGUUGAAUAUGGAAACGAUCUUAGGCGCAGUAUAUUUGAGGCUUAUACUGGACUUCUUCAAGGAUUCAAGGAUACUAACGCGGGCUUGAUGAUACCGUAUGUUGGUCAUCUAUUGCAGUUUACGGAGGCUAUCUUUAGAGACAAACUUAGGGAUGAGGCAGUGACUAAAGCCGCAGUUGCUGUUAUGGGGGAUCUCGCGGACACGCUCGGCCCAAACACGAAGAUCUAUUUCAGCGGCCGCACUUUCCACCAGGAUUUCUUGGGUGAGUGUUUCAAGUCCGAUGACGAUCAGCUGAAGCAGACGGCGAGUUGGACUCAGGGGGUGAUCGGACGCGUUUUGGUUUCUUGAAGUGGAAAUCCACUGCUGCAGUGAAAUGCAGAUCCCUCUUCUGCUUAAGACUGCUCUUCCUUCUCAUUUGAAUGUGUACUAGACUUUCCGAACAUUGUGUACUAGGUUAAGGAUUUCUAGCAUGAUUAGCAUAGCUGUAAAUCAGUAAUAUUUCAAACAAUUCUCUUC